AUGGGGCUGGACAUUUCCAAGAUGCUCACCCCUAGCAGAGCUCAUUUCUACGGCAUCGUCUCAGGGAACGUGGCUACACCACUCGGUUCAAUGGUCCUGCCAGUCACAUUUGGGAUGAAAGACAACUACCCCACGGAGUACAUAAAGUUCAAGGUGGCCAAUUUUGAGUGGUCAUACCAUGCCAUGCUCGGCAGACUAGCAUUAGCCAAAUUCAUGCCCGUGCCUCACUACGUCUACUUAAUACUAAAGAUGCCAGGCAAGACAGGCAUACUCACGUUCCAUGGCAACUUGAAGAAGUUAUACAACUGCGACCAAGAGGAGAUCGAGUACGCCGCGACAUCACGCGUGCCAGAACCUUCUGCGGAAGUCUUCACGGCUGCGCAAAAGCUCACUGACUCAGAGAUGGAGAUCUCCAGCCAGAGGCCCAGCCAGUCGAGGGUAAAACCCAGCCCUAGUGACGUUGGCAUCAAGGCCAUCCAGCUGCAAGAAGGUGACUUGUCCAAGACUACUUUGAUCGGAGGUGGCUUGUGCGACAAAUAG